CAAGUGUCAACAAUUCAGUUUUAUUUUAGACCAAACAAGUCCCCUAUAAGAAACAAUAAUUGGGCAAUUAAGACGUGAUGUUUUAAAGCGGCGUUCGAGUCUCUCGUGUGUGUGUCAUUGUGUUUCGUUUAAAAACGGUGAAACGACCCACUAUCUUGAGAAGGUUGUUUGCCACUGUUUUGUGGGACUGGGCGACUGCUGCCAAGAAUAAACCCACGUUGUUUGUUUAUCUGCUUCAUCUGCCUAGAUGCGGUUAACGUCACAGCUCUAUCCUCAUUCUCGUGUGGCGGCAGUUGCUAAUGUUAUUCCAGAGGCGGGCGGGACAGUGAGUGUAUGUGUGUGUCUGACUGUGGACCUGGUUUGUAACCGAGGUUCUUCUGGGCUGCAGGACAAGGCGGGUGGGAGUAUCCGUGUUUCGAUGCUAGGAAUGGAGGAAUUUGUUACCGAGGAGGAAGAGCCAUGGUACGACCAGCAAGAUCUCGAAUCGGACCUCCACUUGGCGGCGGAGCUGGGGAAGACUCUGUUAGAGAGGAACAAGGAGCUGGAGGAUUCUCUACAGCAGAUAUACAUCACCAAUGAGGAGCAGGUGCAGGAGAUCGAGUACCUGGUUAAGCAGCUUGAGGUGCUGAGGGAAAUGAAUGAGCAGCAUGCUAAGGUGUACGAGCAGCUAGACGGGACAGCCAGAGAACUGGAGCUCACCAACCAUAAACUGGUUCUGGACAGCAAGGCCUCGCAGCACAAGAUAGAGAGGUUGACAGGGACCAUCGAGACCCUACAGACUCAGGUGGAGUCUCUCUCUGGGCAGGUGGAACAGCUCCACUCACUGGAGCAGCUUAGGGUCCGGAGGGAGAAAAGGGAGCGACGCAAGACCAUCGCCUCCUUCCCUUGCCUUAGGGAACUCUGCACUGCACCAAAUUAUGAGGAUGGGUUCGUGGUGGGCCGCUCAGACAGUUUCACCUCAGAGGCUAAACGGCAGCCAGCAGAGGAGGAGAACGAGCGUCUAAGAGAGGCGGUGUCGGCGCUGCGCUCGGCCGUGAGGGCGGAGCGGGGACGCAGGGAGGGGGCGGAGAGAGAGUGUCAUGUCCUCCUGGGGGAGUUCUCCCGUCUGGAGACACGCGUGCAGGGUGCGGAGAGUUGCCAGGUACGGAUCCAUGAACUAGAGUCAGAGCUCCAGGAACUCCAGCAGCUCCGACGGGCGAGGACCCUCCUCCUUUGCAGCGAGGACGAUGGCGUGGGCUUCACCCAGACCCUCCUCAACAACACCCCCGAAACAGACACCAUGGAGGGGGAGGGAGGAGAAGUGGGUGGAGGGAUCAGGGAUGAGGGCGAGGGAGGAGGAGGCUUGAGCAGAGAGUCGUUACCUGCCUCCAGCCCCGUCAGGAAGAGCUGCAGCGACACGGCGCUGAACGCCAUCGUGGCCAGGGACGCAUCCGGGAGGAGAAGAGGGAGCUACGCGAUCCAUGCCAACAGCGUCCGUAAGAGAGGGAUGUCCAUCCUGAGGGAGGUGGACGAGCAGUACCACGCUCUGCUGGAGAAGUAUGAGGAGCUGUUAGGGAAGUGCCGGCGCCACGAGGAGUCCCUGUGUCACACUGGGGUGCAGACCUCACGCCCUGUCUCCAGGGACCCCUCCAUGAAGGAUUGCGCCAUGGGCUCCACCCCUGCACCCCUGCCCACCCCCACCGAGUCCCCCUCCACCCCCGAGGCCAUGGAGAGCAUCAGUAAGCAGGUGGAGGCGGUGGAUAAGCGGCUGGGCCAGAACACGCCAGAGUAUAAGGCUCUGUUCAAGGAGAUCUUCUCCCGUAUUCAGAAGACCAAGACAGAAAUCAAAGCCACCAAAGCCCCUAAAGCCCCUAAAGCCAGCAAAUCUGGCAAGUCUAGUAAAUAAGAAUGAUAGUGGACUGGCUUGGUAGCAUAAUGCUUUUUUCAUGCUUAAAGCGCUUCAGAUUGUAAGGGGGCAACAUGCCUCAUACACUACCGAUGUGUAGCACUUGUGAGUAGGCUUCUGUAUGGGAUAUGGUCUCCUGUCUGCUUCUGUUACUAAGUACCAAUCGACCAAUAUGCUACUAAAACCAAUCUACUGCUAAUGCGAUCCUCUAAAAGCACCUGCCUACCUUUUCCCUUGAGAUCGAACACAUUCUUUCAGCUCUCUUUUGCUAGCUAACUCACAGGUAGGAUACCUGUCACCCACAACCCGUUGGACAUGGAUAGAAUAGGUGCACUGAACACCCAAUGCUUCACAGUAAAAACAGUACUGUUGAUUCUCCACCUAAACAAUGACCUCAGUUCUCCAAAAGUUGGAUUGAACUGAAACAAAAAAUUUAUGUUGGACAAAUAACAAGUCAACUCAAGGUUCUACCUUCAGACCCUGCUGUGCCCCCCCCCCCCCCCACCACCAGCCUACACCGCCUACUGUCCGCCUGAACAAUGGACUUAAGAUGCCAACAAAAGCAAAACAGAAAAUGUAUGACUUUCUGCCCAGAGGACAUUGCGACCUUGUCUUGCUCUGCGCUGUGACUGUAUACUCGUGACCUUAGUACUGUAUUUUAUACUCUAGAGGUGCUUACCUUCCAGGUCCGGAGAGACAUAAGCAAUUAGUGUCUUGUCAGAAUGUCACAGGGGUGGAACCGGGUUCGAGGUACACAUUGACUCUUGGGGCAAUCCUGAAAAAAGACCAAUGUUCAUAUUUUCUGUUUGUGGGGGUGUCAAGAUUUGUUCUAGCAGUGCCCAGAGACUCCUGUAACCCUGGAAUUGAAUGGUAGUUGGCUGGGUAUGUCCACUAGCCUAGCGCUAGCUAUAGCUGCAGUCUGUGUACUGACCAGAUGCAACAGACAAUCCAAACAGAUGGUUGUCUUUUCUGUUUCCUGGGGCAUUAUCAACACUCUCGCUAUAUUAGGUAAAGGUACAACUGACGCAUGGUCAAGUCAAAUGUGAUGUAACGUUAAGCCUGUUUAGACAAAAGUUGCUUUAGACAGGAAGUGAUGGAUUAUUAUAUAGCCUAACCACCACCAGUAUUACUAACCAUUAAACCUGGUCUGUUAACACUAACCCAGCUCACUAACUAAACACUGACACUACUGCUGCUGCAUUGCACCUUACAGCAUACAGUAGGAGCAAUGCCCCUGUCUUGGCUAGCAACACUCCAACCACCUUUCCUUAUUAUCAUGAAUGUUAUAGUGGUUGCAUUACUUUGAAUCAUGUACUCACAUUGUAAUGCCAUACCUACCAUAUGGGGAGGAGAAAAUGUACUCAGCAAUGCACCUGCAGUAUACAGGAAACAGUAUGUAUUUCUUAGAGCUAACUAACUCAAGGUCUUAAACUCAACGGAAGCUUCAAACCUAUUAUAGCGGCCACAGCAUUUGGCGACAGAUCAAUGCUGGUGUGGCGUUGUUAAAGUAAAGCUGUCGAGUGGAACAAAAUGAGGAAAGAAAAGAGAAGUCAACAGAAUCAUUUAAAGCAGAAAAGUCUUCUUGUUUGCUCCACGGUGUUAUAAUGGGUUGAAUGUGCCAGUUCCAAGCGGAGUUUUAUUUUCCUCUCAGGGUCAAUCAAGUGUUACUGAGUGAAGAAAAAGGGUAUGAUGUCUUGUGGAGGCUUACUGUCAGUCUGUCAUAGCAAUGUUCACUCCUGGUCCUGGAGGGCCGCAGUUU